AUGGCUGAGAGAAAGGCAUCGAACGGAGCUGUAGCUGGUACCGGACAAGUGACGAUGUCCGAGUACAAGAAGGCGCAAGCUCGGGUUCGGGAUCUGGUCGAGAAGCGCAGGAUGCUAGAGAAACGCUUGACACAAGUUGAAGACAGCAUCUCCCAAAAGGAGACUGCAUACCUCGACAGCACACCAAGCGGCAACAUCAUCACCGGUUUCGACAACUACAUGAAGGGCAUGAGUGGCGCGGCAGCACAGCGACGAAAGGCUGGUCCGAUGGAACAGAACAGAGUCUUUUCACGAUCGUCGAUUUCCUACCGACCUAAUAAUCUCGAGGGUAUCACACCUGGAUCAGGAGGCUCGACGCCAGCUGGCGCGACACCAUUAUCCGCCGCAUUUAGAGACGGACCCUCGAAUCACCCGACACCGACAUCUUCGACUGCGGUCAAGAACGCAAGCAAGUCGAAGAAGAAAACGGUCGAGCACGAGGAUAGCGAAAACGAUACUUCGAUGAGCAAGAAACGAACGAAUUUUGGAGCACAGCGCAAGUAG